UGAAUUGAAUGUUGUGUGUAUAAUUAAAAAUUUUAAUAUUACAGAAAACAUUUGGAGGAUUCAAAUAUAUUGGGUACAACAAACAAAUAAGAGAUUUUCGACGUGGAUCCUAUCAAUCAAACCAUCAGAAAUUGUGGUACCGUCACCAUCGUCUGGCGGCCAUGCAGAUAUAAUCCAGAAGCUGAAUGCUAUUGAGACCCGUCUCACUGCCAUUGAGAAGUCCCUAACAGACAAAAUGCCAGUGAAGGCCGAGGUGCAGGCGCAAAGUAAAUUAUUGCGCGAAUGCCGCGUCAUAGCGGCAAAGACGCACCAUUCAAUUAGCCGCAUCACCGGUGAUUUGGAGGACGAGCAUUACGUGGAGCUCGCUUCGAAACUGCCCAUGUCAUCGGAAAAGCACGUGCGCUUCGUGGAAGACAAACUUUCCCAAAAGGAAAGCACGGAUGCCAUGAUGCGGCUAAUAUUGAAAUCAAAGGGCGCAAAAGGCAGUGUGGACGGCGUACUUCGUGGUUUGUUUUCAGACGAUGUAAUGUACCAUUAUUUCCUGACAAGGAUAAAAGCAGUAUAUGUGGGUAGCUCCGGAGAUUUGUGGCCUUAAGCCACAAUCGUUUUAAACAGAAGAAACAUAAACUAAGGGCUAAACUAAUAUAAGUUUUAUUAUUAUUACUUAUAUAUAUUAGUUUUAAGUUGUAAAUAUUAGUUUUAAGUUGUACAUAUUAGUUUUAAGUUGUAUAUAUUAGUUCUAAGUUGAAGUGUCUAAUUUUACUUUUAAAAAUAUGAAUUUUUACAAUUAUAAUUUUUAUACUCAAAUAAUUUGUAUAUAAUUUUUCUGCCGAA